AUGAGCUCGAAUCGCUACAACCUACGCAGCGCAGCGCCCGCAUCUACACCCCGACCACUCAGCGCAGGCUCUUCAUGGUCGCCCUCGCCUCGCAUCUCGCGUCGGCCACAACAAGAUGCUGAUCCUUCAGGCACUUCGAUGAUCCUGACGGGUUAUGCCUUUAUUGCUGGCUCGGGCUUGUCAUUCGUACUCGGCCUGUAUGCUGUGCUGUUCAGUUCGUCAAACACGAACACAGGCAACCCGAUCUUUGAUGCUGUCGGCCUGGACGAGCACUACAAGUACCUUGUUCCCCUGCUCGUCCCCGUCGGUCUCGUCUUUGUCAUCCUCAACUGGGGCGGCUUCAAGAACUAUAGGCACGCCUGA